AUGAGAAAUGGCAUCCACUUGCUCAUGUUAAUAGCGUUACACGAUUCUCUCCUCGUAGAUGCGUUUUUGAACACACAUUUUCUAAUUCCAGAGCACCAGCUGACGAAUCGUGACCCCACAGCGGAUUUGCUGGCGCAAGGACUUUUGGGCCUUCCAACCAACUACAUGCCCAUGUGUGCAUAUCAGCAAUAUGAACCGCCUUCGACAUCGUUACUUGCCUCAUCGUUAUCUAGUCUUCCAACUGCAUCACUCACUUACUCAUCACCUGUGAUGUAUGUCGGUUCUGCAAUUUGUGCUUCUUCUACUUUGGAAAUCAGUCCAAUUUUAGGAGCCUGUUGUCUGUCCUACGAGUCAACUGAGCGAACUAUCAAUAGGCAUGUCCGAACCACCUAUCACUGA